UUUAUUUGAAAAAAUUCAUUUUUAUACAACAAAAAUGUUAACCACAUCAUGGAUUCUAGUCAUUACUAUAAUAUGUUACACGACCAUUACGGUCGUAUAUUCAUUACCACAAGGUGCUCCCACCUCAGUGUGCCAAACAAUGUUACCAGCUCACAAUAGUAUACCUCCACAAUCGGAUGUAUCACCAUAUUUAGUAUCGUUACCAGUACAAAAACUAUCCGAAAAUGCUCGGAUGCAAGUUACAAUAGUAUCAUCACAAGGUUUACAUAUUGCUGGUUAUAUGCUGCAAGGACGUCGACAAGAUAAUGGUGAACCAAUUGGAAAAUUUACUGAAGUCUCACCAGAGCUUGGCAAGCAAAUUAAUUGUUCCAAAGAGAAGGAUACCGUUACGCAUGUGAAUACGAAUAAAAAGAGUGCAGUGGUUGUUGAAUGGGAAGCACCUGAAGGAUAUUUGGGACCUGUUAUUUUUAAUUCAACAAUCGCACAAGAUUACGCAACAUUUUGGACAGGAGUUGAAUCAAACCCAGUUGAAAUUGUAAAACGUUCAGCUGGAUAUACACCAGGCAUAUCAACAACACGAGCACCAGUAUCACCGACAACUACACCGUUUAAUUUCGAACCAGAACCAGCAACUGAAUUAAGAACCUCUCAAGAUCCAUUUUAUAAUGGAUGCGGUGAUUCGAAAACAUGUUUUGGUGCCCCAGCUAAUUGUGUUGAACAGCGCAAUUGUAAGGCAGCUGUUGCAUGUACAGUGAAAGGUGAACAAUAUGAAUUUGAGUUGAAAUCUGUACAAGGUGCUUAUGUUGCUGUUGGUUUAUCGGAUGAUGAUAAAAUGGGUGAUGAUAGUACCAUAGAAUGUGUACGUGAUGCAACUGGAUUGGAUGCACAUAUGGGAUAUACGGUGCCACGACCAAAUUUAAAUGCUUUUAGAUUACCAAAUUCAAAAUAUGGAAUCACCAUAAAAAAUGUAAGCGCUGUAGAUGGAGGAAUAUAUUGUCGAGUGGUUCGUGACGCAAAAACAACUGUUCAAGGAAAAUCCUACGAUUUAAUCAACGAUCAAUUUUAUAUUAUGAUUGCCGCUGGUGAUAAAGUCCAUCCAACAAAGGUCAGUUUUCAUUCUGUGGCAUAUGCUGUAUCGGCUGAAAGGAAAUCUUUAGCUGAUGUUUCUGGUUUUACGGCAGCUUCCAAAUUAUUAUUACGUCUUCAUGGUGCUUUUAUGGUUGCCGCAUGGAUUGGAACAGCAUCAAUUGGUAUAUUAUUAGCAAGAUACUUUCGACAAACAUGGGUCAAUAGUCAAUUAUGUGGCAAAGAUCAUUGGUUUGCUUGGCACAGAAUGUUAAUGAUAUUAACAUGGCUGUUAACAGUAGCUGGUUAUGUAAUUAUAUUUGUGGAAUUACAAGCAUGGUCAUCAGAACGAAAUCCUCAUGCAAUAUUGGGAACAGCAACAACUGUUUUAUGUUUCUUACAACCAAUUGCAGCAUUCUUUAGACCACAUCCAGGUUCAUCCAAACGACCAUGGUUUAAUUGGUUACAUUGGCUUGGUGGAAAUGUUGCCCAUAUUUUAGCAAUUGUUACAAUUUUCUUCGCUGUAAAAUUAAACAAAGCUGAGCUUCCAGAAUGGAUGGAUUGGGUAUUAGUAGGAUUUGUUGCAUUCCAUGUUAUAAUGCAUUUAAUUUUAUCCCUCUCAUCCUGGCUCCAGAUAUUGGGUUGUGUAUCAGACCGGCCAUCUGGACAUCGUGUAUCAGCGUUCCCAAUGAAGGAAAUGGGACAACGUGGUAAUUCUGCUAUGUUAGAACGAAAAAUGGAUGCUCCACAUUCAUGUCUAAGAAAAUUCUUAUUAGCUGUAUACAUAAUUGGAAUUGCGUUAAUCGUUACCGCCUUAAUACUCAUCGUUGUGCUAGCACCAAUUGAAGAAACAUUCGAAUCAAUGCAGAAAAGUUUAAACAUGACGUGAAGAUAAAAAAAUAAAUAAAAAAACGUGCCUUAUAAAAAAAAUCAAACAAGAACUGUUAAAUUAUUUAUUUCACAAAUUUAGUCGUAGUUACCAAAUAUUUCGAUCUAUUUGUAGCAUCUGUAAAUUUAGCACCGGUUAAACUUUUUUUCUGUAAUAAGAAACAGAUAAAAAUUUAGAAGGGUUCUAAAUUUACAGAAAAAGCGCGUUAAGAGGAGUAUAUUUUCUAACUACGGCCAAAAACUUAACAUUAAUUUUAAUUUAAUGUCCAGCGAAGGUGCUUAUUACAAUUUUAAUUAAACGAAGAUUUGUUAUCAUGGAAAAUCUAAAUCCAACGCCAAGAUAUUUUUUCGAACAUCGUAAUAAGUUCUCGACAUCCCAAAAUCUCGUCGAAAAUUAUAUCGUUUACUAUGUAAAAACUAUAUUAUUGGAAUUUUUUAAACAAUUUUUUUGUAGAUAUUAUAAAAAUUAUUUUACAUAUCAUUUUAAUGAAAAUGUCCCAAAAAAAAUGUACAAAGAAUUAAUUUGAAAAGAUCCGUUCAUUAGUGAUUUUUAUGGUGCAACCGGACUUACUUAAGAUAUUCGUGUAUUUUGACGUUAAUAUUAAUGUCCUUACUCAGAAUUCAAAGAGGAAAUUUUAUUCUAGAAGGAAAGUUUUCCUUCGUUCUUAAUUUCACAUCAACUUUACUAGAAAGUAGUCUCUUUAUUCGAUUGCUCUAAAUGAAAAUCUUUCUCCAAAAACGUAAAAAAAUUUAUUAAAAAUCGUCUAGACUAGUCUU